AUGCCGUCUGCGGAUUCCUCGCGAGCGAUGGUCACACCCAUUACGUCUUCUAAAACCCCAGCCAUCCUUCCUGAUACGAAGCGCCAUCCGUCCCGAAAGCCUCUGGCUAACGAAAAGCCUGCUUUGGGUCCCUUUGUGGUGACCCCAGGGUCAAACACGUCGUCCCCACUUGGUAGACUUGCCAUAGAAUUAAGAUUGACUAUCUUCGAAAUGGUAUCUCAAGACGGAGUGGUCUCAGAUCUAUUCCAUGCGGCCUUGGUUUGCCGUGAUUGGUACAAAAUUUGCAUCCCCAUCCUCUGGACCAACAUCCCCGUCACGAAUGAGAACAUAGAGCCCGUGAGCCGUUCACUAAACACCGUCAGCCAGGAAAGGUGUAAUAGCAUCCGGAAUCUAUCAAUUCGUCUCAGCCCCGUACAUAAAAAAUACUGCGAUCCAUCUUCAACAUACACGCUGUUGGGGUUAUCUCCCAUACAAGUGUCACCAAUAGAACAAUCUUGGACAGAAAUCAAGAAUCUCAUCCCCGAAUAUGAAUUAAAUAUUCACGAUGGGAACAGGCGCUAUGAUGAUUACACAUGCCAUCUUAUCAUCGCGAGGCUCUUAGACGUAAUUCGCAGGAGACUACAUCGUCUCCAAAUAUUUUCCUUACGUAGCGCCGAGCCUUCCCAUAAUGUAUUCGAGCAAUGGCAAACCGGUAGCUUGGCACAUGUGCAUAUCCCCCAGAGUUUCCUUCGGUUCCUCUUGCGAGCACUGCCACCAUCUUGCAUCAGCCUCGAGUUAGAUGAUGGCCGUCCGUUAAGCUUUUUACGAGGCCAACACUUGUGCAGCACGCUGAGGGAGGUCAUUCCGCGCUUAUACCACUUACGUUUGCGCGUUGGGCAGUACUGUCCGUGUCUUUUUGAUCCUGAGUUCUCCGUGCCGGAAAAAAAUACGAAUCGCCAAUACCAUAUACCAUUCAGUAACAUUAGAAGUCUCUCCAUUUCAUUCCUGGUUGCUAUAGCUCGCUUUAUGGGACCAGCAGGCGAGAAGCUCUGCGCACAGUACCCGCGACCUUCACUUCUGCCCCUAGCUUUGCCCGAACUCCAUGCUCACCUCUGGGAUGCUAACAGACUGGCACUGAUUUAUCAAAAUCGGCUCGCAGCCCAUCUCAGGGCUGUAUAUGAGGGAGGAUUCUUUCCUAACAUUGAAGAACUUUCCUUAGUACACAGGGUUCACGGAACUCUCCGCCCACGAGGAGAGCCCUUUCAUUUCAGUCACGUCGAUGUACUUGGAAAAUGUGUGCGAAUCUUUCCAGCGGUUCGACUCCACUAUCAGAAAGAGGGUGCUCCUAGAAAUGACUGGAUCCCCGACUGGAUCGAUGCAUUUAAACUUCAAUCCCUUCACUAUUCUAACAACAAGAAAUACAUUGCAAAUGAAUGCGAGAUCUUGUGCGCGCUCGACAAAACUUGGAGGACAAGCUCCAACGGCAUUCGCUUCCCAGCAUUGGCCAUAAAAUCGAAGGAUAUGAACACGAGCGGAUUGAAAGGACUUCAUCCAAUGUUUGCGAUGGAGGACGAGACAUCUGUCCUUCAGAGGCUACUAGAUUUCUAUCAAAGAAGUUGUGCUGAUGACCCGCGCGUUCGGGAAGCAGUCCAAGAGGUUGAGGACCAAAUCAAACUAGUCAUGGGAAUGAACAUAGCCACACAGGAUUACGAUGGAUUAGUAGAGGAUGAGCGUGAAAUGCAUACAUUCUAGUCGCACCUACCGUGAAUCACUAGCUAGACAUAAUACGCUAAACCUCUCGCCGGAAUUAAGGAG